AUGGUAAUUAACCAUGCCUCAAGAAAAACCUUUAUUAAAAGUAUAAAAAGUACUUUGAGAAACUAUACAUUAGACGGCAUCGACUUGGACUGGGAGUUCCCUAUGGUGCAUGAUAGCAAUGUGGAUAAACGUGAACGUCAACAUUUUUCACAGUUGCUACGUGAAAUAAGAACGGAAUACAUAAGAGAGAAACAAAAUUAUUUGUUGACUGUUGCUGUUGCUGCACCAGAAACAAUUGUAGACGUAGCAUAUGAUGUUGACCAAAUCAAUAUGUAUGUUGACUAUGUGAAUAUAAUGACAUAUGAUUUCCAUUCCUUCACUAAAUAUACUCCAUUCACUGGUCUAAAUUCUCCAUUAUAUAAAAGAAGCACUGAAAUAACAUAUAUGGCUACAUUAAAUAUUGACUACACUGUACAAAUGUACUUGAAGAAAGGGUUAGAUCGAAGUAAAAUUGUAGUUGGAAUACCUACAUAUGGCCAUUCUUUUACAUUAGUAAAUGCAAAUAAUGCAAGAGUAGGCAGCCCUGCGUCUGGGUUUGGUGCAUUGGGGGAGUUUGUAAAUUAUCCAGACAUAUGUAAAUUUAUACAAAAAUUCAAAAGUGAAGUUACUAUAGUGGAAGAUUCUGAUGCACGAGUACCAUAUCUUUACAAAAACCUGGAGUGGGUAUCAUUUGAUACACCACAAAGUGUGAUGGAGAAAGCCAAAUUUAUAAAAGAACAUAAAUUGAGGGGUGCAAUGUUAUACUCACUAAAUGCGGAUGACUUUACUGGAGUUUGUGAUUUAAAGCAAAACGAUAACUUAAGGUUUCCCUUAGCAGAGUCUGUUAAAAAUGUACUCAAAAGUGAACAACACAAUAAACAAAUAUUAAGAUUAGAAAAUUAG